AUGCAAAUACAGCCAGGAAGUGCAGUCAGUUCAUUUUGGUGCAUCCAAAGAAGUUGUGAUGCUAAACUAGCUGGCAGGACAGACACUACUGAUGUUGCUUCGUUUGUUAAGGUCGUGUCAGAUAUUAAAGUAAAGUUAUUUCAAAUUGAAGAAGCAGAUAUUGUCAAAAUUGAAAAGACUUUGCCUAAAACUUUAAAACCAGUCCCAGGAACUAUGAAGCUGCACCAGAUUAUCUGGACACAUUUAGAUGAAGAAACGAUUUACCUUAGAGAAUUAUCCUGUGACACGUGCCAAUUUUCUCCCAACUGUACUCACCAUGGAAUAGUUCCAAAUAAAUAUGCGUUCACUAUACAAAAUAUACCAAUGGAAGUUGAAGCUAACAGAAUUUGUUGUGCUUCCUGUGAAGAUAUUUUUGAAAGCGACACCGAAGAAGAACAAGAUUUGAAAAACGUAGGGUGCGAUAAAUUCCGCGUUGGUUUCAUUUAA